AGGAAAGUGCUAAAUAUUAUGUGUUUCUCUUUGCACAUGUGUCAACUGAGACAUUGAUUGUAAUGCCCUAAAUUAUUUCAAAAAUAAACUUCAAAAGAACUGAAUUUGAAAAUGUUAUAUAUGGAAAAUACUUCGUAAGUAAAAACCAUACCUCAUGAAAAAUUCUUUUGAGACAAAAUAAUAGAAUUAUUGUGUUUUAUGUACCAAGAAUAAAACCUUUCAUCUUAUAUGUGUAGGCAUAACCUUUAUCACAUCCACUCAGCAACUAUGAGCACUGAUGAUGCCUUGUCAUAGCCUGCCUCAAAAGAUGAUACCUGCUAAACGGCCAUCGUACCUUCUUCCAACUUCUAAAAAUGUUUAGGGAUGGUGCCUUAGCUAAGAGUGAACAAGAAAAGGAACAACCAGCUCUUGUAAAUGUGAAACUCUGGGCCAUUGAUCGACAAUGUUUUCAAACAAUAAUGAUGAGAACAGGACUCAUCAAGCAUACCGAAUAUAUGGAAUUUUUAAAAAGCGUUCCAACAUUCCAGAGCCUUCCUGAAGAGAUCCUCAGUAAGCUUGCUGAUGUCCUUGAAGAGACUCACUAUGAAAAUGGGGAAUAUAUUAUCAGGCAAGGUGCAAGAGGAGAUACCUUCUUUAUCAUCAGCAAAGGAAAGGUAAAUGUCACUCGUGAAGACUCACCAAGCGAAGACCCAGUUUUUCUUCGAACUUUAGGAAAAGGAGAUUGGUUUGGAGAGAAAGCGCUUCAGGGGGAAGAUGUGAGAACAGCAAAUGUAAUUGCUGCAGAAGCUGUAACCUGCCUUGUGAUCGACAGAGACUCUUUCAAGCAUUUGAUUGGAGGGUUGGAUGAUGUUUCUAAUAAAGCAUAUGAAGAUGCAGAAGCUAAAGCAAAAUAUGAAGCUGAAGCUGCUUUCUUCGCCAACCUGAAGCUGUCUGAUUUCAACAUCAUUGACACCCUUGGAGUUGGAGGUUUCGGACGAGUAGAACUGGUCCAGUUGAAAAGUGAAGAAUCCAAAACGUUUGCUAUGAAGAUUCUCAAGAAACGCCACAUCGUGGAUACCAGACAGCAGGAGCACAUCCGUUCGGAGAAGCAGAUCAUGCAGGGUGCUCAUUCCGACUUCAUCGUCAGACUAUACAGAACAUUCAAGGACAGCAAAUAUUUGUACAUGUUGAUGGAAGCUUGCCUAGGUGGAGAACUCUGGACCAUUCUCAGGGAUAGAGGUUCAUUUGAAGAUUCUACAACCAGAUUUUAUACAGCAUGUGUGGUAGAAGCUUUUGCCUAUCUGCAUUCCAAAGGAAUCAUUUACAGGGACCUCAAGCCAGAAAACCUCAUUCUAGAUCAUCGAGGUUAUGCCAAACUGGUUGAUUUUGGCUUUGCAAAGAAAAUAGGAUUUGGAAAGAAAACAUGGACUUUUUGUGGAACUCCAGAGUAUGUAGCCCCAGAGAUCAUCCUGAACAAAGGUCAUGACAUUUCAGCGGACUAUUGGUCCCUGGGAAUCCUAAUGUAUGAACUUCUGACUGGCAGCCCACCUUUCUCAGGCCCAGAUCCUAUGAAAACCUAUAACAUCAUAUUGAGGGGGAUUGAUAUGAUAGAAUUUCCAAAGAAGAUUGCCAAAAAUGCUGCUAAUUUAAUUAAAAAACUAUGCAGGGACAAUCCAUCAGAAAGAUUAGGGAAUUUGAAAAAUGGAGUGAAAGACAUUCAAAAACACAAAUGGUUUGAGGGUUUUAAUUGGGAAGGCUUACGAAAAGGUACCUUGACACCACCUAUAAUACCAAGUGUUGCAUCACCCACAGACACAAGCAAUUUUGACAGUUUCCCUGAGGACAGUGACGAACCACCGCCUGAUGACAACUCAGGAUGGGACAUAGACUUCUAACGUAUUUCUCUUACCUGCUUCUGCCUUGCUGAAGACAGCUUUUGCUGAGACACAGCUGCCAGCAAACCUGAGGGAAAGGGAGAAGAGUAGUGCUCGGGGUCACCAUGAUGCCUUUGAUCGAUGCUGCUCCAGUAAACUACAGUGGCAUUAGGACUUAUUGCUUAGAUGACAGUAGUGCUCUUUACAUGUUUUCUGUUUGAAUCUAAAGUAGCAGUUGACAUGGUGGUCCUGAAGCAAAGCCUUUCACCAGUAAAGAAAUGUUUUCUAUUGUUGCAGUGAUCUUGCUUUGCUCCGAUUAUAAUUUGAAAGACUGUAGGAAACACUUCAAUCCAGUAAGAGUCCGUACCUUGCUAGAAUCA